CAUAUUAUAUUAGUUAUAUUAACGUAAUAAACAAAUCAUGGUCAUUCAUGGAUUCAUGGUAAAAAGAUACUCUGUUUCAUUUGCCUCUUCAGUUUGAGCAACAAUGGCAACAAUGAUGACCUUUGACUUCGAAAACUGCUUCAUCUUCAUCAUCUUAUGUUUCGUAUCACUCCUUUGUUACACUAUCUUAUUCAAGAAACAAGAGAGCUCACGCACUGGCUGUGUUCUCCCUCCGAGCCCUCCUUCUCUUCCGAUCAUCGGUCAUCUUCACCUUCUCCUUUCCUCUCUUACGCACAAGUCUCUUCAUAACAUAUCCUCUAAGUUUGGACCCUUUCUCUAUCUCCGCGUCGUCAAUUUGCCUAUAGUCCUUGUAUCUUCUGCGUCAGUGGCUUACGAGAUCUACAAGACGCAAGACGUGAACGUCUCGUCUCGCGUUGCUACUUCCCUUGGAGACUCUCUAUUUUUAGGAUCUUCUGGUUUCAUCACGGCUCCUUAUGGAGACUACUGGAAGUUCAUGAAGAAGAUGGUUGCCACAAAGCUUCUCCGACCGCAGGCCAUUGAGCAGUCACGAGGCGGCCGUGCAGAGGAGCUACAGGGGUUUUAUGAGAACCUGUUACACAAGGCGAUGAAGAAGGAGAGCAUUGAGAUCAGUAAGGAAGCGAUGAAGUUUACUAACAACAUCAUCUGCAGGAUGAGCAUGGGGAGGAGUUGUUCAGAUGAGAACGGUGAGGCAGAGAUAGUCAGAGAGUUGCUUGUCAAGUCAACUGCCUUAACAAAGAAGAUCUUUUUUGCAAACAUGUUUCCAAGAAUCCCACUGUUCAAAAAGGAGAUAAUGGGAGUUUCUAACCAAUUCGACGAGUUGCUGGAGAGGCUUCUUGUGGAACAUGAAGAGAGAGUUGAGGAGCAUGAAAAUAAGGACAUGAUGGAUUUGUUGUUGGAAGCUUUUCGGGACGAACACGCGGAGUAUAAGAUCAGUAGGAAACAGAUCAAGUCUUUGUUCGUGGAGAUUUUCCUUGGAGGCACUGACACCUCGGCGCAAACAGUACAGUGGAUAAUGGCUGAACUCAUUAACAAGCCUAGCAUUAUUGAGAAAAUUAGAGAAGAAAUCGAUUCCGUUGUAGGGAAAACGAGAUUGAUUAAAGAAACAGAUCUACCAAAGCUUCCUUAUUUGCAAGUGGUUGUUAAGGAAGGGCUAAGAAUGCACCCCCCAUCUCCCCUCGUUGUUAGAACUUUUCAAGAAAGUUGUGAGGUGAAAGGUUUUUACAUGCCGGAGAAGACAAUGCUUGUUAUUAAUGUUUAUGCUUUGAUGAGAGAUCCUGAUUCUUGGGAAGAUCCUAAUGAGUUUAAACCAGAGAGGUUCUUACCUUCUUCAAAAUCAAAAAAAGACGAGGAGAAAGAGCAAGGCCUGAAGUACCUUCCAUUUGGAGCUGGAAGGAGAGGCUGUCCUGGAUCAAAUCUAGCUUAUCUCUUUGUAGGACUCGCGGUCGGUGUGAUGGUGCAGUGUUUUGACUGGAAGAUCAAAGAAGACAAGGUUAACAUGGAAGAAACUACUGCAGGAAUGAAUCUUGCCAUGGCUCAUCCGUUUAAGUGCACUCCUGUUGUUCGAAUCGACCCUUUAACUUUCAAUCUCAAGAGUCCGAGUCCAUGACCUGUUUAUCCACAAGAUCAGACUUUGCCUUUCAGCUUUCCUGUGAUGUGUUCAUUUUCUUCAAAGACGUUCAGCUUCAUAUGUUAUCUUCAUUAUGUUUGUUGUAUUUGAAAGUUUGUUCUAAAAAUAACUUUGUUUUUGUUCGAAUAAAGACUUUUCUACUAAA